AAGCAGACCUGAUUAUUGUGAUGGUGGCAGGCGGCAGCCAGUGACUACAGACUUCCGCCACUGCUUCCCAUAUCCGCGUUUUGCGCCGUCUGGGCUACUCUAGUUGCCUCACAACCGGACUACCGAGGGCGCUUGUGCGCUUUCCCCCAACUCAACAACAUCUUCACCGGGAUUUCUUUCAAACCAAAACCAUAUGAGAUGCAAGUUCACUGGGAAACUCCGGAGCCCGUUCGGUUCAGGCAGCAAAACUUUUUCUCAAAGGACAACACCGUAAAACGGCGAGUGUACUGUUACUGCUGCUGCCGCUGCUGUUCCUCUGCGGGACGGUUUGUGUGUAUAUGACCGUUGAGUGCCUGCUAACGUUCAUACUUUCACGGUAUUGUUUUUUUUUUUUUUUUUUUUUAGCCUUUUUUUUCACCGGAAUUGUUGUUCGCGGCGUGGCAGCGGUUUCAUUGUUGAAUUCAGUUUGGGGCUUGCCCGGGUCUCACUCAGGCUGGGUGUUAUUUGUGUUCUCGGGAGCGGUUUGUUUGGAAACAGUACCGAGGAGAGAAGAAGAAGAAACGGCCACUCGCGAGCCCUUUACCCAUAUGACCGCUAGGCUCGCAGCCCUUUAAACCUCCCCGGUUGUUGCUCGCUUCAGCGGCUGUUUGUCGGUCAUAUCUUCCGUCCACUGCCCGGCUGCCUGGCUGCUUGGGACCCUUCACCGGGGAGGACAGAGAGGGAGAGGACACUAGGUGGUGGAGGUGGAGGAGGUGGUGGUCGGAGGAGGAGGAGGAGGUGGCGGCGGUAGUGGCGGUGAGCUUGACGGGGAGAAAAGUUCUUCCAAAAUAGCAGCCACUCGGCCCAGUGAUGGGGGACUUCGCCUCCCCCGCUGCCGGACCCAACGGCAGUAUCUGCAUCAACAACAGCAUGAACCCGGCCGCCGGGAGCGUGGUGCCCGCCGGGGCGGUGGGCAUACCUAAGCACAGCACCGUGGUGGAGAGACUGAGGCAGCGGAUAGAGGGCUGCCGGAGACACCACGUAAACUGCGAGAGCAGGUACCAGCAAGCCCACGCCGAGCAGCUGGAGAUAGAGCGGAGGGAGACGGUCAGCUUGUACCAGCGGAGUCUGGAGCAGAGGGCCAAGAAGUCCGCCGGUGGCAGCGGCAGCAGCAAGCAGCCGCAGAGCAAGCAGCCGGACCCGGACUCUGCCUCCUCCACGGAGCAGAGGAAUAACACGCUAAUAGCGCUCCAGGAGACUGUAAAGAGAAAACUGGACAGCGCACGAUCGCCCCUCAAUGGAGACCAGAACGGCAUCUGUGAUGGAGGCAGCUACUCGCCAACCACCAAACGGGUACGGAAGGAGGGCUCUGGUGGUUUGGACUCACUAACAGGUCUCCCUAACAAUAACAAUAAUAGUGUACCACCCAUCUCUCCUCUGCAUCAUCAAAUGGACAUUAAGCCUUUACUCGGUGGGCCCAACACUUCCACCGGAAACAACACUACAAACAGUAAUGGCAACCAUGUAGGCCGGGCAUCAGAUGAGCUGGGGAAGAACGGUGGCAGCCAUCUCCCUGACAUGAAGCUGAAUGGCUCGCUGGACCUGGAGGACAGCUUUGGCCUCCUCAAAGACCUGAAACAGGAGCCGCUGGAUGACGGAGGUGGCAUGGAGUCCUCUGAUCCCCAGUCUCUGUCCAAUCAGAACAAACUGUUCUCUGACAUCAACCUCAAUGACCAGGAGUGGCAGGAGCUAAUCGAUGAGCUGGCCAACACUGUGCCAGAGGACGAUAUGCACGACCUCUUCAAUGAGGACUUUGAGGACAAGAAAGAGGCAGAGUUUGGCAGGCCGGCAAACAAUCAGACACCGGGCCCACAGGAAGCAGCUGGGAAUACGACGGCAUCUGGAGGGGGGGCGGCUCCAGCAGCAGCCCUGCCUCCACCUCCUCAGCCUCCGCAGGGAGGUCCACAGGUUCCCAUAGGCUCACCACAGGUCCGACCAUCAUCGUCAGGCCCUCAGUUUGCCACCACUGCCAAUGGAACACCUCCGCAGCAACCUUUGCAGCAGUCUCCAGCCGUUGCCAUGGCAUCAGGUUCUCCAUUGCACAACUGCGUGGCUCGUUCCCCUCAAACCCCAACCCAGGCUCAGACACAAGCAGUCUCUAGGCCUGGGAAUGGAUACAUGAUGAACCCGGGCCCAGGGGUCAGUCAGGCGGGAACGGGACCUGGAGCGGCAGGGGUUGCCCCUGGAGGUCAGCCUGUAGGGCCAGUGACGCCUGAACUGUCUCCAGCAGAGCAGCUAAAAGCAAUGGCCCAGCAACGUGCUAAACUGCUGCAGCAGAAGCAGCAGCAGCAACAAGCAGCUAACUGGUCCCCCGCAGGCGCUCCAACCAGUCCAUAUAACUCUGGUCCCUUUAACCAGGACAAACCCAACAGCCCCAUGAUGUACCCACCGCAAGCCUUUAACACACCACAGGGCCCUUUAGUGGCUGGGAUGGCCCCCAACAAUGGGCCCAAAGCCCCCAUGAGCAACUACCUCCCUCACAACCACAUGAGCAUGAUGGGUCAGCAGCAGCCAAACAGCAUCAACCAGAAUACCCUGUCUAAACAACAGCAGCAACAGCAGCAGCAAACAGCAGCCAUGUUGUCCUAUAACAACACCAAACCGCUGAGUCACUUCAGCGGCAGCGGGGUUGAUCACAUAGGCCAGAGGAUGACCCCGCCCAUGGGAGGGAACAGUCAGGUCAAGAACCCCAUGAUGCCUCCCUAUAUGGGUGGUGGAGGAGGUGGGGGCCAGGGGGCGGGGCCAGGGCAGACCCAGGGGCCAAUCCCGGGACAGACAGCUCACCUGAGUGAGGAGCAGAAGAGGAUGUUGCUGAUGAAGCAGAAAGUGUUGAACCAGAACAUGCCCUUCAGUGCCAUGCAGCCUCAUGGACAGGAGCAAGGUGUGGUGGGAAUGUCACGACCACCGGGCGCCAUCCCUCCUCCUCACCCCGGUGGGGGUGUGGCCUCAGGUGUGGGCCCCAACCAGGGGUCAGGACCACCUCCGGGCUACGUUGGCAAUCAGCAGCAGGCGGCCAUGAUGAAACAGAUGAUUUUGCAGGAGCAGGAGAAGAGGGUGCAAAUGCACAUGUUGGAGCAACACAAACAGCAGCAGCUCUUCAGAGAACAGAGACAACAGCAGCAGCAGCAGCAGCUACUGGCUGAGCAGCUCCAGCAGCAGCACCUCCCCAGACAGAUGGGCCAGGGCCAGAGGAAUCCAUACCCCCAGGUCAAUCAAUACCAAGGUCCUCCUCAGGAUCUGGCAUCCAGGAGCCAGGCUCUCCAGAACAUUCGGGCCGCCCGACUCCUACAACAGCAACAGCAGAACCAGCAGCAGAUGGUCCAGAUGAGUUCUGUUCAGAGCCAGGGCGGCUCUGUGGGACCCCAGACUGACAUGGGCCUACCCUAUGGCAACCAGGGGUCUAACCAGGGUUCCCUGUACGGGCUCAACCCCUCCAUGAGCCAAAUGAUCCACCAGCAGCAGCACCAGAGCCAAAGCGUCCAAGCCUCCAUGGGUCUUCCACCGCAGCACAACCCCGCCGGAGGACCUCCCCGGCAGGCAGGUGCAGGUCCUGGGGUCGGAGGUAUGCCUGGAGGCCCUGGAGGUGGUGGAGCUGGAGGGUACGGGGGACAGGGGAUGUUACUGAACUCCAUGACCCAGCAACCGCUCAAAGGCCCUCCCAAUGCCAAAGCCCAGGCACAGAGACUGCAAAGCAUGCUGGGAGCAGGAGGAGGCAGCGGGGCAAUGGGGGCGGGUGGCUGGCCGCAGCAGCAAGGACAGAGUCUGCAGGCCAUGGGAGGAGGUGUCGGAAGGACUACAGGAGGAGGGGGAGGAGACAUGGUGGGGUUCAGCUCGGCCCAGGGUUAUGGGAUGCAGCCGGGUCAACCACCUCGCAUGGCCAAGCAACACUUUCAGGGCCCGGGACAGGGGAUGAGCCAGGGCAUAGACCCUAGGGUUGGCAACCCAGCUGCGGGUAUGGGCGGCGCAAUGAUGGGCCCUCACAUGGGCGGUCAGCCCAGGACCAACCAGCCCCGGCCCAUGGUCAUGAACCAGGGUGUGAUGGGCCAGGGCAUGUCUGGGAUGGGAGGGUUCGGGCCGGGCCCCGGGGGGCCAGGAAUGGGGGCAGGUGGUGGAGGAGGCGGACCCUAUGGACCUGGAGGAGUUGGGGUUGGAGGUCAGCCGCAGGGCUACCAGAGGACAGCCAAUCAGGACAUGUCAUCCUAUGGAUAUGGGGGCGGGCCCUCAGGUGGAGGAGCCUUCGGAUUGGCCGAUGGCUCAGGGGCAGAGCUGGACUCAAGCGAUGGUUGGAUGGAGGAGUUUUUCCCGGGCCAAUAGCCAACGGGGAAACUGGUGACAAGUUUUUACUGGAUGAACUAAACAUUAAAGUUGGACAAAUAUUAAAACCUGAGAAAGUAAAACAAAAAGGAUGACACGACGUGGACUGGCAUGUUUUUGUUUUGUAAAACAUGAGCAAGGUUAUAAAUGAGUUCUUGUGUUUUGUGUGUGAGCGUGUGUGUGUGUGCGUGAGUGCGAGUGUGUGUGAUGGAGAGAGCGAUCAUUAUGUCUCGUGCAUAUUAAUGAAAAACCAUUAUAGAGAUUAAGAGGUGUGUUUUAUUAGUUUCCCUUUUUUCUCCACGGAAUGAAUUUUUCUCAUGUUCCAGUGUUUGAAAGCGAGCCCUGUUUACACAGCAGCGCUUUGAGCCCGAGCUUCAGCAGGGGCUGAUUGAACACCGCAGACUGAUGAAGGGGAAGGAAGACUUGUUCUCAAGACAGCAAUUUAUUUGUGUUUGUGUGUUUGUGCCACCCAGCUCAGUGCUUCAGAUCUCUCAACUAUGUGAGGAGCUGAAGGGAGUAGAAAGCACUCUCAAUGCUCCCAUUUCCUCUCUUAGAUUUGUGCCCCCCCCCCCCGUACACACACACACACACACACACACAUACACACACACCCCAACACACACGCAAAUCUGUCUCCCUCACACUCUCUCAUUCUCUUCUCUUCACUUGAUCUCUCUCUCUCUCUCUCUCUCUCUCUCUCUCUCUCUCUCUCUCUCUCUCUCUUACUCAUCCUCCUUCCCUCUCUCCUCCUGUCUUUCCCACCCUCUCUCCGGAGACUCGUUCCUCGUUCUCAACACUCCUUUCUCUGUUUAAAUUGUGAACAUCACAACAGAACAAAUGACGUUCCUCUAUUGUGCCACACAAGCACACUCUGCCCUCUUGUGCUUUUGCUAGGCAACCGACCUGGGUGGCGUUUUUCGGGGGGUUUCAUUUCCUGUGCGUGGCUGUGGAAGACGGGUAUGCAUGUAAGAGGAAGACAAAGAAAAUAGGCAGCUAAAGCAAGCAUUUGGACUCACACACACACACACACAGAUAUAAAUAUAAAUAUACCCACCAACAAACAGAUAAACGAGCAUCAGCCCGGGAGGAUGAGCGGAUGUGUGAGAGGCAGCUAACAGAGCUAAUAUUACAUUAAACCCUCUGCCUGUGUGACACAAACCACACACAUGCAUCAGGCUGACACAAAGCAAAACGAUUCGCUGGGCACUGAAUGUAUUCAAGCACCACAAGUGACUUCUUCUUCUUCUUCUUCUUUUUAAGGAAAAAAAAACAUGCUCAUUGAAAACCCACCCACAUUGUUUUGUUUGUUGCUGUGAUUUAUCUCUAACAAUGAUGCUGGUUGUGUCUUUGUCGAUUAAAAAGAGAAAAAAAAGUUUAAAUUAGCCUUCUUUUAGUUUGUGUUGUCUUUUGAAUAUCUGUUUGUCCUCCCGUCACACCACAGCCUUCUCUUCUAUUGUGACACAAGCUGGUUGUCAAUCACCGUAGCCCUGCUUUACAUCGUGGCUUCUUCUGUACCGCAGCUAGAAAUCGCCCUCGCUCCGAACUAGAACGUUAACUGUGCUACACUGUAACACUACUGUGAAGAAAUACCCUUCCAGCGCUUUACUAGGAAAAUGAACCACUGCUAAGCCUUGAGUUUGUUUUAGAGACAGCAGAGAAACUUCAGACAGCUGAUCGGGCUUAAAGGGUGGCGACAGUCAGCGCCAGUUAGCAUCAAAACAACCAGUGCUUCCACUGAAGUCAGUGUCUCCCCUUCUCUGAGUAAACUGUGGGCUUUACACCACGCCUUAUGGCUUUCAUUCAUCGUCAGCAAGCUGUCCACUCUUUUGCCCUAGUGGUUGAGUGAUAAAUAUGUGUCAGAUAGGUUUUAAUACAGUAGUCAUUGGUAAGAUAACACCUUACUUCUCUAGCUGUUUUGUAAUCUUGGUUAAAAGAUGAAUGGGAGCGAGUCUGUACGUGCAUUACUUUGUAUUUAGCUCAUCGGAGUGAAAGUUUGGAGGAUGACGCUGUAAUCAACAAACCAAAAAGCCUUCUUCUCUGUAAACUAACUCCUUGCCAUCAACACAUUCGUUCUCAUGGUUGUUGGUGUUGUAUAAUCCAACCCUUUAAAUACAAAGUUUAACCACCACACCCAUUGUCCUGUAAGUGUUGCUACGUUUGGUAGCACCCACAACAUGAGGUUCUGUACUUUGGUUUUUGUCAUGUUUGGGGAGUAGAAGUCCUCCGUCUCACUGUGGAGUUUGAGGGUCAAGGGAAGACAGAUGUAUGGGGUUGUAGCAUUCCCCAGUCUUAUCAGGGGAGAAUGGUAAAAAAUAAAUGAAACCCUGUGUCAGUGUCUGGAUGAACUCUUGGAUUGUUUUGAGCCUUGUCUGAAAGAAAAAAAAAAAAAAAAGCAGUGGUCUUUACUGACUCCACUGCUCGUACUUCCAAAACUCAGAUACCGCUCCA